GUAAAACAACGUUCUUAGUACAAAGUAAUUUGUCGUAUUCAGAAUAUCGUUAAAGGAAUUUUUAUUCAUUCAUUUCUACGGUCUCUUAGUGUUUUAUGUUAGGUUAGGCACAUAACCAACUUCACAUCUAUAAGACUGUCAUCAAACAGCUGUGCAUACAUAAUUUGUUUACCUAAAUAAAGUUCAUUGAAAUUUGGAGAUAUUUUCUAAUUUCUGUAAAAAUAUUAUCAAUUAGUAUGUUGUUGAGAAAAGUAUUGGGUUUUGUAAGGAAUGCAAAAAUAUUGCAAAGAACAAUUACUCACAGAAAUUUUUAUUCAUCUCAAAAGAGAUAUAAUCAGAGUGCAGUAGUUACACAGUUAUUUACACUGUCUCUUACUGGUUUCUGGAGUUUUACUAAAAAGAAAAGUGAAAAUGAACCAGUUAUAACUACUAAGGAAGUCGUAAUAGGAAAGGCUGAUGCACUAUUCGAUCAAGAAAAAUAUAAGGAAAUAUAUAACCUUUUAUCAAAUUAUAAAGAUAGUGGAGAUGUUGAAAUUAUAUGGCGUUUAUGUAGAGCAAUGUAUAAAAUGGCCAAAACAGCUAGUGAAGUUGAAGCAAAAAGAAUUAUUUAUGAAGCUUAUGAUUUAAUACUUAAAGCCCUCAGAGUAAAUGAAAAUCAUUGGGCUGUGCAUAAAUGGACAUCAAUUCUUCUCAAUACUAAAUGCAGUUAUGAAGGCACGAAAGCACAAAUUAAGGAAUCAUAUAACAUUAAACAUCAUAUGCUGAAAGCAAUAGAACUUAAUCCGCAGGAUGCAACAGUUCUGUACAUGUUAGGCACUUGGUGUUUUCAAGUAGCUGACUUGUCAUGGUAUCAAAGGAAAAUUGCAUCGAUAAUAUUUGGAGAACCACCAACUUCUUCAUAUCAGGAAGCUUUACAAUACUUUGAAAAUGCAGAAAAAGUCGAUCCUAAUUUUUACAGCCACAACUUAUUAAUGCUGGCAAAAACAUAUUUAAAAUUACAAAACACAGAACUGGCUACAAAAUAUUUGUUAAUGACCAUUGAAUAUCCUGCUAAAAAUGAUGAUGAUCUGAUUGCUAAGCAAGAAGCACAGAAGUUGCUAAAGGAUGUUUAAUGUGAUCUCAGUAAAGUUUCCAUAUGUCUCGCACAAAUAACUGUAUUAUUUUCAAGUAAGAAUGAAAUAUGUGUUGGUAAAAGAUAAUAGUUUAAGGUAAUUUAGGGUUAGCAAAUAAAUGUAGCUAUUAUUGUUAUAGGUAUUGAGUUUUAAUGAAGAAGAAAAUAUACCAUACACUGUGAUUUUUCA